GCCCUGGUAAAGAGAGAAAGUAUCGCAUAUGCAAAAUCUGUUCCCAGUUGAUCGGCAAAAUAUCACAAUCAAAGACAGAAAUAGAGGAAUCACACUCUAGCCUUCAGAAUAUAAGUGAUGGCAGCACCUACCUUGGGCAGAAGAUUAAACGAUGUCUUUCUCCGCCAGCCUCUCCACCUCAAAAGAGAAGAAAUCUUACUCAAACGCCCCAACAAAAUACCCAAGAGACCCAGACUGAGCCCAUGGCAGAGACCCCCGGAGACCCACCCAAGAAACGGAAAUAUACCAAUACCUUCCUCCCCCAAGCUGCGGCCCACCUGGCAGCUGGGCGGUAUAAGCAAAUGAUGAAAAAAAUGAAGUCUUCAAGCUCCUUUAAUAACAUGAUGAUAAAUUCAGUAUGUCAACAAAUCAAUACUGAAAUCAAAUCUAAUCAGUCAAUCUUCGAAAUCAAUGACACCAAUAAAGCAAAGAGUUAUGAGAGCUUUUCAUGGAGAAAAACAAAUCAACGUCUGAAGAAAAUUGCCCAACAAUGAUGAAAGUUCUAUCAGCAAUAACGGACAGCAGGGGGCCCAGUAAAGAAACCAAUGUGAGAAUCACCAUGGCAGCAUCCCAACUCCUCUACACCCGUGAUCCAAGAAAACACAAAUUCAUUCAGGAGUUGAUUGGAUUGUUGAUGUGGUUUGCAGGAACAAAGAGACAGAUUUUCGAGAGGCUGUCUAGGCUGGGUUUAUGCACCAACAUUGGGACCACCACAAAUUGCAUAGACACUUUGAGGGGUGAAUUUGACACUACCAUUCAUCACCAGAAACUGCAAAUCGCAGAUAUUAAGAGGAGAUCCACAAGGGCAAAGAAACGACUGGUUCCUGCUGAAGAAUGGGAGGAUGAAGGUGGAUGGGAGGAAGUUCAAGAAACCCCUGAAGAAGUGACCCCCCUUGUAUCAUCUCCAGUGGACGAAGGUCCUCAUAACAUCGAUGCACUCCAACCUGACCCUGAUAGCUCAACCUUCAAUUGUGCCAACAUUGAUGACACGACCACAACAACAUUUGGAUUUACAUUGACAUUUGACAAUGUGAGUCUGUGGCCUUCAAGGACACCGUUUUAUUCAGGUCAGCUAAACUUGGUGCGGUCUCAUGCAGCUAUAGACCGUGUGUCAUGCUUCAACCUUAGUGAUGAGGCUCCAUCCUUGAAAGAGCUAUCAAACAUAUCUCAAGAUAUCUUCAUCCCCACUACUGAAGACAACGACAUGCUAAGGUAUGAGUAUGAAGUGAUGAUUGAACGGAUACUGUCCAAGCAUAUCCCAUGCUUCAAGGAUAUAGACGUCACAGAACACAUCCCGCAUCCUUAUCAGGCAGAGACAAAGAAAAAAAGUGUGAUGGUACCUUUAGGAGUCCUGCAAAAAGAUGUAACAAAUGUGUCAGAUAUGAUAGACGUUCUGACACAUCUGCACAAGCAUGUUCCAGGACACGAGUCUCCGAUACCAGUGAUAUUGUACGGGGAUCAGCCGUCUUGUGAGAGGGUCCGAGAUGCCAUCGGUGUUCGUAGUAAUGAAGAUACACCGUGGAAUCGCCUCGGCGGGUUACUACCAUCCAUACAGGAGUCGCAUAAGUGCUUACUUUUCCUAGAGGACACAUACAAACUUCUGUUUGAUGCAAAAAGUGUAAAGUCAUGUGGGAGUCUAUCUUUCAUCAAGAGCCGAUAUAAACACACUCAUGUCACACCGAAAGUCUCCUACUGUUUCAACUACGCCACAAGUAUGUUGAGAUUUGCAACAGAAGCACACGUGGUUGCUGCAGCGUGUGAGUACAUGGGCAUAUCAAAGCCCAGUGAUCCCCCAAAGAUCUACCCCAGGAUCCCAAGGCCAAGUCAGUAUAUUUCAGUGAAAUAUGUAAAUCUGUACUGGACAAAUCUUUCCAUCCCUACCAGCCUGGUCAUCCUGCCGAGGAAGACGAGGAAGAGUUAGAGGCCGAGGAGGAUGAGGAUGAGGAGCU